UCCCAUUGGUCAAUUAUUCACUACACGGAUCGCAGUCAAAUCUGUCUCAACCGUCGAUAAGACGGCCAUCGUACGGCCACCGUGCACUCACAAGCUCCCCAAGCCUUCCCUGAACAAUAUGAUCCACAAUACAUCUCACCCUAUAAAACCAAUUCUCUAACAGGUUCCUAAAUCCACUGUCCGAAAAUUUUCAAUUCUCUCUUUGCCAUUUCUGAUUGGGUUUUUGAGCCAAAAGGGUGUCAGUGGUUUUAGUGGGUCUAGGGUUCGGGAAUUUUCAGAGCUGAGAGAUGGAGACUGGUGGUAAGGUGAAGAAAGGUGCCGGUGGAAGGAAAGGUGGGGGUCCAAAGAAGAAGCCGGUGACCCGGUCCGUCAAGGCCGGUCUGCAGUUUCCGGUCGGUCGUAUUGGACGGUACUUGAAGAAGGGAAGGUAUGCUCAGAGAGUUGGGUCUGGAGCUCCAGUUUACUUGGCCGCGGUUCUUGAGUACCUCGCAGCUGAAGUGCUUGAAUUAGCUGGAAAUGCGGCUCGGGACAACAAGAAGAACAGAAUUAUCCCAAGGCAUCUGUUAUUGGCUGUGAGGAACGAUGAAGAGCUUGGAAAAUUGCUCGCCGGUGUGACCAUUGCUCAUGGUGGUGUGCUUCCAAACAUCAACCCAGUCCUCUUGCCCAAGAAAUCAGAGAAGGCCGCCGCCAAAGAGCCUAAAUCUCCAUCCAAGGCCACCAAGUCUCCCAAGAAGGCUUAAGCUUCCCCCAAUGAAUCCCCCACCACAUGUUUAGUUUUAAGAACCCCCACAUGUUUAGUUUUAGGUUGGGCUCCUCUCCAUUUGUAUGUAAUCUGUGUUCAGAUCUUUGUUUUUGUUGGUUGGUAGUCUAAAAUGCUUAAUGAAUUUGAAAGCAUUUGUAACCUCUCAAAUCUAUGUGAUCAUGACCAAGUUUUAGGAACUUUCUUUUUCUUGGAAUUCAUUAAUGAAACCUCUUGUUUCUGUUAUUGUCU